GCCAAUGUAAAGGGCAGAGCUGCAACCCACACAAACAAGCUAGGUGUCAGAGACACAACUCUCCAAAAGGCAGUAAAGAUGAAAAUCCUUUUGGUGAUGAUGUGGUGCGGAGGCAUCUACGCCCAGCUCCAGUGUGACCAUUCACUGGAAAAUGUCCUUAUAAAGUGUAACCUUACAGCCAUUCCUACAAAUAUUUCAACGGAUAUCACACAUCUAAAUUUAACUGAAAACAGUAUCUCCUUAGACGAAGUAAAUAGAAAAGCCCUGUUAGGCUACCCUAAUUUGACAGAGCUGAUUCUCGCCAAAAACAACAUCACUAUGCUGCCAAAUCAAUACUUUGUUGGUCUUUCAAAUAUUGAGAUCCUAAUUCUCAAAAACAAUGACAUUGCAUCUGUUGGAGAAAAGGCAUUUGAUGGACUGGAAAACCUGCAGCUUCUGGAUCUUAGCUACAAUCAAAUAGCACAACUACCUGCAGAUAUCCUAUUACCAUUCAAGCACCUACAAGUUUUAAACCUACAAAACAACAAAUUAACAAAUAUGGAUAUAACAGACUCCCUGAAGGAUUUGAGAACUGUCCUGAAUAUAACACUUAGUGGGAAUCCAUGGAACUGCGAUUGUUCCCUUAUGAAUCUGUCAGUCUGGUUAAAUGACAACAAAGUAAUUCUUGAAAAUGAGACUAACACUUUGUGUGCUGAGCCAUUGAACAUGACUACCUUUACAAUAAAAGAAAUCAAGACAGUACUCAACUGUAAUGGUAGCAGUGACGUUCCAAGCCCCACACCACCAGUUCCUAACACUACAGAUCCCAUAUCCACUCCUCUGUCUACAGUGAUAAAUGGAAUGAACACCACAUCUCCUACCAAAGCAGGAAACAGCUGGACAUUCUUGGUAGGGGUGGUGGUUGUUGGAAUUGUCACUUCAUUACUGAUACUAGCUGCAAUCAAGUUCCCCAAAUGGUACAGCUACCUUCUAAGCUACAACCAUCAUCGCCUAAAAGAAGAAGAACCUUACACGUACGAAGAGGAAUUCAACGUUGACUUUGAUAUGAGUACAAAUGAGAAAAACCCAGAUGAAGAUGAAAAUGUGAUAGUAUUUGAGCAAACACAUUCAUUUGUGCCAGAAGAGGAUGGAUUUAUAGAAGACAAAUACAUUGAUGAACGGGAUAUAAGAGCAGAAAUUUAAGUUUAACCUUUAGCUAACAAAGGAAUGACUUUUAACAUAUGACAAAUGCUUCCUUGUCAAGAAGCAUAGUAUCAAUUUUUUAAUAUAUACGGUAUAUAUCUAUAUAUAGAUCUAUAUAUUCCAAGUUUACUGUCCGCACUCCCAUCUGUAUAGUAGUCAACAGCAGGGUGCUCCUCAAGGAAGCUUUUUUAGGACUUCCACAUAUACCAGGUAUUAUAAGAUCAAAAAGAUCCAAA